GUCUGCGGGGCGGGGCCUUGGGGUCGUACAGGAAAAGAUAAAGAAAGCGAGGACAGCUGUAACGAAAACGAUGGCUGCAAUUCGCAAGAAGCUUGUAAUCGUUGGAGAUGGAGCAUGUGGAAAGACAUGUUUACUCAUUGUAUUCAGUAAAGACCAGUUUCCUGAGGUCUACGUACCCACAGUGUUCGAGAACUAUGUUGCUGAUAUUGAGGUGGAUGGCAAGCAGGUGGAACUGGCUCUAUGGGAUACAGCUGGACAAGAGGACUACGACAGGCUGCGGCCCUUGUCCUACCCAGACACUGAUGUCAUCCUCAUGUGCUUUUCCAUAGACAGCCCUGACAGUUUGGAGAAUAUCCCAGAAAAAUGGACGCCAGAAGUAAAACAUUUCUGUCCAAAUGUUCCAAUAAUUCUCGUGGGUAAUAAAAAAGAUUUGCGGAAUGAUGAUCACACUCGACGGGAGCUGCUGAAGAUGAAACAGGAACCAGUUAAACCAGAAGAAGGGCGAGACAUGGCUAAUCGCAUUAAUGCCUUCGGCUACCUUGAGUGUUCUGCUAAAACCAAGGAUGGCGUGAGGGAAGUGUUCGAAAUGGCCACAAGAGCGGCGCUCCAAGCCAAAAAACGUGGCAAAAAGAAUGCCUGCGCUUUGCUAUAGAGAACGAGAGGCGAAAAGAAAGAACGAGGGAGGGAAAGGGGUAACCAAACUAGGCCAAGGAAAAGGAAAGAGCUAUAAAAGUUCACAAAUAGAGGGAAGAAACGCCCCUAGUGUUAAUUAUGUACUCGGGGGGAGGGGGGUCAGAGAGGGUCAUUUUCAAUCCAGGCCAAAGGAAACUACAGAAGAUAGUAGGGACAACUGCACCGGCAAAAAAAGGGACUUAAACAUUUUUAUGGCCAUCAGUCCUUUUUCAAAUCAAGAUUAGUUGACCUUUAAGCCUUCAGACGGAUCACUAGCAUAUGGAUAGUGUAUUUGUUGGGUAAAUAAAGAUUGGCGUGUGUUCACAGUGGCUCACAAUCACCGAUUGCUUUAGGGGUGGGAUUACUAGUGAUGUAUUCUUUGGCCCAUAGCACAUCUUCACAUUUGAAGAUCAGCACUGUACGCAAGAACAGAAACAAACGACUUGGUCUAAAAAGAUUCCUUUUUUGGCACUAAGUGCAUUAUUCAGGGUGUAAAAGGCAUUAGUUAGUACUCUACAUCAUGUGUGCUACAUGUCAAGCAGGGAGUUGUUUUUUUGGAUCAAGAUAUUGGCCACACAACGUAAUACUCCCAUGAUGCCCUUUGUAAACCUUCCCAGGAACCCAAUGCCGUCGUAUGUAAAUCAUUCAUGCCUGUUUUCUUUUUAAUGAUCUUUUUUUUUCCCUACAUUAACAUGCUAAUAUUGUUGGUUAACACAACUGGUUCCUCUGUGCCCUCCUGUCCUGUCGCAAAAUUGACGGUUUAGUCACUGGUUUAAAAUAGCUGAAGGUAGUGGUAGUCUUACAAUUCUUUAUUCCAAUAAGAUUUAAAUAUAUCUUGUACUUUUUUUUGCCAUUUGCCUAUAAAAGUCGAAGUAAGAUGCAUUAAGCAAUGAUCAUACUAAUUCACCUUUUUUUGUGAGUAUUUUAUGUGCUUGCUCGUGUAUUAUAAUUAAAAAAGAAGAAACUUUGGGUUUAUCAGCCCUCGUGGAGCUCAAAGCAGAACUGCAGCUCUGUAUGUUGACUGUCAAGACACUGUUCGAUUUUGGCAAUAUUUUAUAAUAGGUGACAGUAACUUAAUUUUUCCACAUAUUCCUCUUUGCCUGCAUGACAGGCUUUUAUUUGGUGUGCAGAAAUAAAAGUAAUAUUUAUCUCACUGUGUAAAUGAGAAUCUCCCUCCAUUUCACUCCCAUUUGUUUUCUUUUUCUCCUGUACUGUAUGUUUUCUUUUUUUUCUGUGAAAUUCUACUGGCUUAUGCUAUCUCUUUUUUGCAUAUUUUACAAAUUCUAGUAUCUUAGAAUUGAAACGUUUUAAAAGAAAUAAAGAAGGAAAAACGUAGCGAAAUGUGAUUUUGAAAGAGCUGUUUAAUGCCAUAUUAUUAAAUGCAAGUCAUUUCUUAGAAGAGAUUCUGCAUUUCAUUUUAAGAAAAAAAAAGAGCCUUUGAUGCAUCAAUUAUCUUUUGUAUACCAGUGCAUCUUUGGAUUUCCACAGACUCGUUUGAAAUGUAUUGAAAAAAAUAAAUUCUUAUAGGGUAA